AUGGCGGGUAAAUCUCGAUUCACAAGACUUGACGCUUUCGCCAAAACCGUUGAGGAUGCGCGGAUACGAACAAGGUCUGGUGGAGUCGUCACCAUUGCCGCAUUACUCAUUGUUAUAUAUUUGGUCUGGGGGGAAUGGAAAGACUAUCGACGAGUCGUCAUCCAGCCUGAGCUGAUUGUUGAUAAAGGCAGAGGCGAGAGAAUGGAAAUCCACCUUAACAUGACCUUCCCAAACCUUCCCUGUGAACUCCUCACCCUGGAUGUUAUGGAUGUAUCUGGUGAACUACAGACAGAUGUUGAUCAUGGUGUCAACAAGGUCCGCCUUAGCUCUGCGGCAGAAGGCGGAAAAGUCAUUGAUGUGACGGCAUUGGAUCUUCACAAGAAAGAUGACUCCCCUGCGCAUCUCGACCCAAACUACUGUGGAAACUGUUAUGGCGUUCCUGCACCGUCUACCGCAAAGAAACCUGGGUGCUGCAACACUUGCGCUGAAGUUCGUGACGCCUACGCGGAGAAAAAUUGGGCCUUUGGUCGCGGCGAGGGUGUCACCCAAUGUAUGGAUGAGGGCUACUCCCAGCGCAUUGAUGAACAACGGCAUGAAGGAUGCCGCAUCGAAGGUAUUCUUCGUGUCAACAAGGUGGCUGGGAAUUUCCAUAUUGCUCCUGGCCGCAGUUUGACGGCCGGAAACUUCCACGCUCAUGAUCUAGAUAACUACUACCAUACCCCCGUUCCACACACAAUGACGCAUAUUAUCCACAAGCUCCGAUUUGGCCCCCAGCUUCCAGAGGAGCUAUAUAGCAGAUGGAAAUGGACGCAUCAAGAUACCAUCAAUCCGCUGGACAAGUCUGAGCACAGAACUGAUGAAGUGCGAUACAAUUUCCUAUACUUUGUCAAGGUAGUAUCAACUUCGUACCUGCCUCUUGGGUGGGAUGCCACAUGGUCAAGCGAGGUGCAUUCUCAGGCCCACAAGGAUAUCCCGCUCGGUAACCAUGGUGUCUACUUCGGCUCCCAAGGAAGUAUUGAAACACAUCAGUACUCCGUCACUUCUCACAAACGAUCGCUCGACGGAGGAGACGAUUCAGCCGAGGGCCACAAGGAACGCCAAUAUGCUCGCGGCGGCAUCCCUUCUGUCAUGUUCAAUUAUGAAAUAUCCCCCAUGAAAGUGAUCAAUCGCGAAACUAGGCCAAAAUCUCUCUCAACAUUUUUCACCGGAGUCUGUGCUGUCAUCGGCGGAACAUUAACAGUUGCGGCUGCUGUAGACCGAUUGCUCUACGAGGGAAGUCUGAGGGUGAAGAAGUUGCACAAGAGUUGA